AACCACAAAUGUGUCAGAAAACACCCCAGUUGGCACCUCAGUGUCGAGGACUUGCACAGCUAUGAAUGAUUCAGACUCCUGUGAUAAGAAGCCGGCAGAGGACGCGAGUGGCAGUCUGAAAAGGAGCAAAAAGAAGCAAAAGAGGGAGGAUGCUUGGAGACCAGAGGGUCCCAGGGACCCAAUUGCCAUGCUUAAAUCACUUCCAGAAAGCAAACAGCAGGAGAUCCAGAGAGCCCUCCACCUCUUCUCCUUGGGCCCAAGUCUGCCCAAAACCCUGCAGCAGGCCAAAAAAUACACCUAUCGUUUCUGGGAAACACAGCCCGUCCCCAGACUGGAUGGUGCAGGUGACAGUGCGGUGACUCACGGCCCAAUAGUAGCGGGUGAAAACAGCGUCCGUAAGGAGCCCUUCUCUCUACCUCAAGGUUUCUCCUGGGACACUCUGGAUCUGAGCAGCCCUACAGUGCUGAGAGAGCUGUGCACUCUGCUAAAUGAGAACUACAUGGAGGAGGAUGACAACACAAUCAGAUUUGACUUCUCUCUGGAGUAUCUGCAAUGGGCUUUACAACCUCCUAAGUGGCUGGCCCAGUGGCACUGUGGUGUGCGAGUAGACGCCAAUAACAAGUUAGUCGGCUUCAUCGCUGCCAUUCCCGCAGAUGUCCGCAUAUACGAGACGGAGAAGCGGAUGGUUCAGGUCAAAUUCCUGUGUGUUCAUAAGAAGCUGCGCCUCAAGCGGAUGACUCCAGUUCUGAUCCGGGAGCUCGCCAGACGGGUCAACCAGCAGGGCCUCCGCCAGGCUGUCUACACAGCUGGCGUAGUUCUGCCCACACCACUCAGCUCCUGCAGUUCGUGGACCCGUCCUCUGAAUCUCCGAAAGCUGAAGGAGGUGAGCUACCCGGGUCUGAGACAGGACAUGAAUCUGCAGAGAGCUGUCAAGUUCAACCGUCUCCCUAAGGUGACAAAGACACCGGGUCUGCGGCCUAUGACUAAAGAAGACGUUGCAGGGAUACACUCUCUGCUCCAAGCAAACCUCCUCAAGUUCCACCUCAGCCCCAUCUUGUCCUUGCAGGAAGUAGAGCACUGGCUGCUGCCGAAGGAGAAUGUGAUUGACACCUACGUUGUGCAGGGUGAUGAUGGCACGCUGACAGACGUGGUGAGCUUCUAUAGCGUCUCCUACAAGGUGCUGAAUCACGCGGUCCACACCAGCCUGAGAGCAGCCCAUCUGCUUUACAUUGCCUCUGCUGCCGCAAACUUGAUGGACCUCAUGGAGGACACGCUGGUCCUGGCUAAAUCUAAAGGUUUUGACAUCAUCUCUGCUCUCGAUGUGAUGGAUAACAAGAGUUUCCUGGAGAAGCUCAAGUUCAGCAUCAGUAACUCGAGCCUUCAUUACUACCUGUACAACUGGAUGUGUCCUAAUAUGAGCCCAGACAAGGUGGGCUUGGUGUUACCCAACUAACCUGCCACUGAAGAAGGAAGAGGACAGACUGGCGAUUAUGAAAGGACCAGAGUAACCACAAAGACAUCAAACUCUCCUCUGGAUGUCACUUGUUUACUUGGUUCAGUGACUCUGAGGCACAAUAGAUUGUUCUUAAAAUAAUGGCGUGUGUGUUUUUGUGUGCAUGUGUGUGUGUGUGAGAGAGAGACAUGACAUGACACAUACAGUUGCAUUACAAGUGUAUUUUAGUUGAUUAGACGACUAGAUCAUUAAUCAUUCUCACCUAUGCACAUGUAAGAACACAUACAACCUCAUACAUGCACACACAAUGUAUGUGGGCAUGCAGAAGAUACAUUAUUUCAGGCAGCAAGCAUGUUUCUAUAGUUUUAACUCCUUGAAGUCCGUCCGUAAACAAAGCUACUGUUUAGGAAACAAGGCUAAAUAACAAUUUGCCAUCAUGCUAAUAUAUAAGUCAUCUAUUACAGUUCAAGAAAAUAUGUUAUUUUGUCAUUUUAUUCACUUUUGUCAUGAGGAAGAUUAAACGCUGCCACUGAGAAUUUCA